AUGGCUUCAGCAGCAGGCUCCCGCUUCCAAUCAUUUAUGAACCACCCUGCUGGGCCCAAGACUGUAGUGUUCUUCUGGGCCCCCCUAAUGAAGUGGUGCUUGGUAGCAGCAGGAUUGAAAGACCUUUCUCGACCAGCCGACAAGAUCUCUGUCUCCCAAAACGUCGCUUUGGCAGCAACCGGAAUGAUCUGGGUUCGAUACUCUCUCGUUAUCACCCCGGUAAACUACUCUCUCGCUGCGGUCAACUUCUUCGUUGGUUGUUCCGGAUUGGCGCAGCUGUAUAGGGUUUGGGAUUUCAGGAAACAACAUCCUGUUCAAGCUGCUGUGGCGGAUAAGGCACAUGAAGUGGGAAGUAAGGUCAGCAAUGAAGCUCUGCCUAUGACUACCAAGUAA